AUGGUCUCUGUACUCGGAGAGGUGGCAAGUCUUGGUACUUUGGGUCUCCCUCAAGGAACACCUGUCGUCGCCGUUUGUUCAUCACCAAUAUCGAACUUUGCUGUUAUCCAUGCAGGACAGGUGUUCCCUAAACCUUUCGUGGAUGCCAACGACAGUGUCAAUGGCCUACUUCCCCUUCUUGUCGCCGGGCUCGGGAUUGGGAUGUGGACCUUCACAAACCGGAAUGGGCGCGAGCCAACAGUUCGAAUAUCGGUGAUAGCCCCCCGCAGUGACUCCUUUGCUCGGUCAUUGUUGUCCGUCUUACAAGGUCACGGAUAUUCCGUAUCUUUACUUUCGACCCACGAGAUCCUAUUCGAGGAACUUCAGUUCUUGGAAUCUUCGCGUUACGUGUUUUGCGAGUCAACUCCGGCUGUAUGGGCACGGACAUUGGAUGGCCUUAGUACCUGUGCGUCCAUAUAUCAGUGGGGCAAGGAUCUCAAUCAAAGCAUGAUGAGGGAUCCGUGGUUAGUUCGCGAUACACUUUCACAAGUCCUACCUCUAUUAACGCCACCCUUUCCACCGCUCGAGCCGGCUCUUCGUGUGCAAGAUGUGCUAGCUGCUUCCCGUAGUACGAGGAAGCUCCUGUUCGAUCCGCACAAAAAGUAUCUGCUUAUCGGAGGAAUCGGAUCUUUGGGACUUCACAUCACCCUGUGGAUGUACGAGAACGGCGCGAGGAAUAUUAUUUUAACCAGUCGUUCUGGAGGGAGCACUUUGACGCAGAAAAAGGACAAUCUGGCGAUUCGGAUACUGUCUUAUCUCAAAACACUGGACGGCCUUUCAAUGCGCCUGGGAGCUUACGAUGCUACCUCACAGGAUGACAUGCGAAACCUGAUCAACUCCGCCGGGCCGGAAAGUUCUAUUGGCGGAUGUAUCAUACUUACAGCUGCACUCUGCGAUAGGUUGUAUCGCUUACACGACAAGGAGAGCUAUCAACAGGCCGUUGAUCCCAAGGUUGGCGCUUUUGAGGUUCUGCGGAAGUGCACGGAUGUGGACAAGUUAGAUUUCCUGGUGUCUUUUUCUUCGAGCGCCACCUUUGGUAUCGCUGGCCAGACGAAUUACUCUAGUGGCAAUACCGCGGUGGACUCGCAAAUCCGACCACUUUGCAAUGCCUUAACACUCAUCGCACCCCCGGUGGUCGAUACUAUCACUAUCACCAACUCCGAACAACUAGAGUCAGAAGCUCGAUUGUCAUAUAUAAUGCCCUGGAUUUUGAGUGCGAGACAGAUCUGUGCGGCCCUUGGAGAUGGUAUAAAUCAACUCAAGCACGGCACACCGGUUUGGCAGAUGAUUCCCGAACUGGAUUGGGGAGCAGUGACUGCAUCACUUGGCCCAUCGUCGCUCUACGCACAUAUGACUCCGCCCGAGCCAUCGGAAGAUAACACUUCCUCUACCCAGAACUUGACCGAAGAAGGACUCGCCAGUCUUAUUUGCGAGCAUUUGGAGUUACCCCGCAAGGAUUUGGAUCUUGAAGUUCCGCUGACUUCAUACGGUUUGGAUUCUCUGUCUGCUGGCAGGCUGUCAAUCACAUUGAAGCCUUACGGUACGCUCACUCAAGUCCAAUUGCUCGCCGACCUCAGCACCACCGGUAUCAUCAAGCGAUUGAAGGAAAGUCCCGUUGGUAUGAAAUCUACGAAAAUGCCCAAUGGCACGGCCGAUGCCAAUGUCAAGGACAAGAUUAAGCUUAUGCAUGACCUUGCGACUGAAUACUCCUCCGACUUCCCCAAACCAGUCUCUAAACGAGAGGGCCAACGCCAACGAGUCGUAUUACUGACUGCAAGCACCGGAUACCUGGGGUCCUGUAUGUUGAUGAACUUGGUCCGCGAUCCUACGGUCACGCACAUCUAUACACUGAACCGUCUAGGGAACACCAGCCCUGAGUCUCGACAGAGACGCGUCCUUUCUGAUUGUGGCCUGAACCCGUCAGAAGUGUUCGACUCUCAGAAAGUUACCUGGCUCAAAGGCGACCUUACACAGCCCCAUCUUGGUCUCGAGAAGGAUACUUUUGCAGAGAUGAAAACUCGGGUGACCGAUGUGGUCCAUCUUGCCUGGCGGGUUAAUUUCAACCUGGAGCUUUCUCUAUUCACAUCGAGUCUUCGCGGACUCCGAAAUUUGCUUGAUUUGGCUAUUGACAAUAGCGCUCGCUUCAUGUUUGCUAGCAGCCUUGCCGUUUUUGCCAAUGGUCCCAAAGGAGUCAUAACAGGAGCGGAGCGCGUUGCCGCGGAAAUGGCCGUACGGAUAGGUUAUAGCGAAUCAAAAUGGGUUGGCGAAGAGAUUAUAUUUGCUGCGUCCGAAGCAACAGGACUCCAAUCCACGGUUGUCCGUGUUGGACAAUUAUGUGGCGCAAGUUCUUCCGGAACUUGGAAUGUUAAAGAGUGGUUCCCAACAAUGGUGCAGGUAUCUUCGGUGACGAAGGUUCUCCCUGACGACGCGAGACAAGUUUCGUGGUUACCAAUCGACGUAGCGGCGCAGGCCAUGGUUGAUAUACUACGCCAGCGAGCGGAUUCGUCCCCGACCUCGUCUACAUCGAUUGAAGCCCUUGCACAUCCUUGUCUGAUUCCAUGGCAAGCGAUAGCCACGGUGCUUGCCGAUGAGUUGGGCGCCACGAUAAUCCCAUAUCCAGAAUGGUUCAAGCGUGUCGAAGAGUUGUUAGGUACCCUGGACUUUGAGGACCUCAAUGCCAAGCGUCUGCUUCCCUACUUCCGUGGUGUUGAUUCCUUUGGAGACCGUGAACAUGGCAAUAGGGAUGCGUUUGGGUUAGCCCAGAUGCUGGUCUCGCCUCCGACGGGGUCCACGCUGGCAAAUGCGUCGCCACUAACAGAGAGAACAGUUCAGUCUUGGGUAACAUACUGGAGAGGUGUUAAGUUCCUACGGUGA